UAUAUAUGAUCAGUGGUACAAUAAGUAUUAUUAACAACUGAAUAAAAAGUAUGGUAAAAUGUUUAAAUUAAUAACUUCUGUUUAAAUUAACAGAAGUGAUAUCUGCAACUACAAGUAUUUCCACGAUAGAAUGUUGAUUUCCUUAAAUUAUAAUUAUAUUUACAAUAGUACUUAUUUGAAAAAAUAUUUCUUGAGAUAUUUCAACUGUAUCAAGUUAAUACUAGUAUAGAAUAAUUAAUUGGCGUUCGCGUGUAUAAUUCAAGAAAACUUAAGUUACAACUAAAAAAUAACUAACUUUUUUAGUGUUUGUAGCAUUUUUGUUUAUAUAAAUAUUUGGUAUUAAUACUUGACAAUAAGAUGUCAAAAAUUUUUACUCCAACAAAUCAAAUAAGGUUGACCAAUGUUGCUGUUGUACGGAUAAAGAAAGGUGGAAAAAGAUUUGAAAUUGCCUGUUAUAGAAAUAAAGUCAUUUCUUGGCGAAGUAAUAUUGAAAAAGAUAUUGAUGAAGUACUUCAAACUCAUAGCGUCUUUACAAAUGUUUCAAAGGGACAAGUAGCUAAAAAAGAAGAUCUCAUUAAAGCUUUUGGAACUGAUGAUCAAACUGAAAUUUGUAAAGAAAUUUUAUCUAAAGGUGAACUACAGGUUUCAGACAAAGAGAGACAGUCAGCAUUAGAUUCUAUGUUCAAGGAUGUGGCAACAACUGUAGCUGAUAAAUGUGUUAAUCCUCAAAGUAAACGUCCAUACUCAGUAUCAUUAAUAGAAAAAGCUAUGAAAGAUAUACAUUUUUCAGUCAAACCUAACCGAAAUGCAAAACAGCAGGCUUUAGAUGUGAUUCCUCAAUUGAAAACAGUCAUACCAUUGGAAAGAGCACAAAUGAGACUGAAAAUAACAAUUUCAGGAAAAGAGGUUAGAAAGAUAAGAGAAAAAUUAGUCAAACUACUAUCAAAAAUUGAAUCAGAAGAUUGGGAUAGUGGAACAUUGAAUCUAGUUUGCUUGAUAGAUCCAGGACAUUAUCGUGAAAUUGAUGAAUUGAUAAGAUCAGAGACAAAAGGUUCUGGAAUACUAGAGUUGUUAAAUUUGAAAGAAAUAACCGAAGGAGAAGAAAUAUUAGAAUGAAUCUUUUU